CCUGUCUCCCCGCCCUCGGAGGCGUUUCAAAGCCUGGAGAGUAAUGACCAAAUAUCGGUCCCAGCUGAUGAAGCUCGCCCUGUCUUCCCUCUCAGAAAGCAGCUGAAUAGAUAAGACAGACAGAAAAUAGCCAUGGGGGACGACAGUGAAUGGAUGAAGUUACCGAUGGACCAGAAAUGUGAACACAAGAUUUGGAAAGCGAGAUUAAAUGGAUACGAGGAAGCGUUGAAGCUCUUCCAGAGGAUAAAAGACGAGAAGAGCCCAGAAUGGGGCAAAUACCUUGGACUUAUCAAGAAAUUUGUAACGGAUUCAAAUGCCGUAGCUCAACUCAAAGGGCUGGAGGCAGCACUUGCUUUUAUCGAGAAUGCACAUGUGGCUGGCAAGACAACAGGGGAAGUGGUUUCUGGAGUGGUUGGCAAAGUCUUCAACCAGCCCAAAGCACGAGCCAAGGAGCUGGGGACUGAUAUCUGCCUCAUGUACAUAGAGAUUGAGAAGGCAGAGGUGGUCCAGGAUGAGCUGAUCAAAGGACUGGAUAACAAGAACCCCAAGAUUGUUGUCACUUGCAUUGAGACGCUAAGGAAAGCACUUUGUGAAUUUGGAUCGAAGAUCGUUACUCUCAAGUCUGUUGUGAAAGUGUUGCCAAAACAGUUUGAGUCUCGAGAAAAGGCAGUUCGAGACGAGGCCAGACUGCUGGCGGUGGAGAUCUAUAGAUGGAUCCGCGAUGCUCUGCGAACUCCCCUCCAGAAUAUCAACUCUGUACAGUUGAAAGAGUUGGAGGAAGAAUGGGUGAAACUGCCAACUGCAGCUCCUAAGCAGACCAGGUUCUUGCGCUCUCAGCAGGACCUCAAGACCAAGUUUGAGCAACAGCAGGCUGAUGGAGGAGAUGAGGCUGAUGGAGAUGACGAUGAUGAGGCUGAAGCUGCUCAGGUGGAUCCUUACGAGCUUUUGGAAGCUGUCGAGAUCCUUUCUAAACUUCCUAAAGACUUCUAUGAAAAAAUUGAAGCGAAAAAAUGGCAGGAGAGGAAGGAAGCAUUGGAGGCAGUGGAGGCUUUGAUUAAGAACCCAAAACUAGAGAGCGGAGACUAUGGGGACCUGGUUCGAGCUUUAAAAAAGGUUAUUGGGAAAGAUGCCAAUGUGAUGCUAGUGGCCAUGGCAGCCAAAUGCUUGGCUGGACUGGCAGCAGGACUGAGGAAAAAGUUUGGGACAUAUGCAGGUCUUGUGGUGCCAACCAUCUUGGAGAAGUUCAAGGAGAAGAAACCUCAGGUGGUUCUGGCUUUGCAGGAGGCCAUUGAUGCGGUCUUCCGUACUACAACCUUGCAAAACAUCAGUGAGGAUGUUCUGUCAGUGAUGGACAACAAGAACCCCUCCAUCAAGCAACAGGCUUCACUGUUCCUCGCCAGAAGCUUCCGUCACUGUACCCCGAGCACGUUGCCAAAAAGCGUUCUGAAGCCCUUCUGUGCAGCGUUCCUCAAGCAAGUGAAUGAUUCUGCUCCGGAGGUCAGAGAUGCUGCUUUUGAGGCUUUGGGGAUGGCCAUGAAGGUGGUAGGGGAGAAAGCAGUCAACCCAUUCCUGACUGAUGUUGACAAACUCAAGUUGGACAAGAUAAAAGAAUGUGCUGAUAAAGUGGAGCUUGUUGGAACGAAAGGAGGAGGCGGUGGAGGAGAGAAGAAAGCGAAACCUGCUGCAAAAGCACCUCCACCUGUUGAAGCUCCUGCCAAACCAUCCGGGCCUCCUAAGAAAGCUCCUCUUGCAAAGGCUGCAGGACCUCCCAAGAAGGGCAAACCAGCCUCAGCUCCGAGUGCAAAGUCCAAGAAAGCUCCAGACACAAAGGAAAUUGUCGAGACUGAGUUGUCUCCGGAAGUGUGUGAGGAGAAGGCUGCCGCUGUGCUCCCAGCCUCCUGUAUGCAGCUGCUGGACAGCUCUAACUGGAAGGAGAGACUUGCUAGCAUGGAAGAGUUUCAGAAGGCUGUGGAGCAGAUGGACACAUCUGAAAUGCCAUGCCAGGCUUUAGUCAAGAUGCUGGCUAAGAAACCUGGAUGGAAAGAGACCAACUUUCAGGUAAUGCAAAUGAAGCUCCACAUUGUGGGUUUAAUCGCACAAAAGGGAUCGUUCUCAAAGACGUCCGCAUUGGUGGUUUUGGAUGGUCUGGUUGAUAAGAUUGGAGACGUGAAGUGUGGAAGUAAUGCUAAAGAGGCUCUCACUGUGAUCGGGGUGGCCUGUUCUUUGCCGUGGACUGCUGAACAGGUUGUCUCGAUGGCUUUCGCUCAGAAAAAUCCUAAAAACCAAGCAGAGACUUUGAACUGGUUGGCGAAUGCCAUGAAGGAGUUUGGAUUUGCAGGAAUAAAUGUCAAGGCAUUCAUCAACAAUGUCAAAACUGCUCUGGGUGCCACAAAUCCUGCUGUGAGGACCUCAGCGAUCGCUCUGUUGGGAGUUAUGUAUCUGUACAUGGGCGCUCCCCUGCGCAUGUUCUUUGAAGACGAAAAACCAGCCCUACUUUCACAAAUUGAUGCAGAGUUUGAAAAGAUGCAGGGUCAGUCUCCUCCUGCCCCCAUACGUGGCUCCAAAAAAGCAGGAGCGGAUGAGGAGGGAGAUGCAGCUGAAGAAGAGGAGGUGGACAGCGGAGCCGGAGACAGCAUGGACCUGCUGCCCAGAACUGAUAUCAGUGAUAAAAUCACAUUGGACAUGGUGUCAAAGAUCAGCGACAAGAACUGGAAGAUCAGGAAGGAGGGGCUUGAUGAGGUGGCAGCCGUCAUUUCUGAGGCCAAAUUCAUCCAGGCUAACAUCGGCGAGCUGCCAAUGGCAUUGAAGGGCCGUCUCAGUGAUUCCAACAAACUACUGGUCCAGCAGGCUCUCAAUAUUCUGCAGCAGAUAGCUACUGCCAUGGGCCCGUCUCUCAAGCAGCAUGUCAAGAACAUGGGAAUUCCAGUCAUUACGUUUCUUGGUGACAGCAAGGCUAACGUCCGUGCUGCAGCCUUGUCAACACUGAACGCAUGGGUGGAGCAGACUGGAAUGAAGGAGUGGCUUGAAGGAGAGGACCUAUCAGAGGAACUCAAAAAGGAAAACCCCUUCCUCAGACAGGAGCUGCUGGGCUGGCUUGCUGAGAAGCUGCCCACCCUGCGUACAGUGCCUACAGACCUCAUGCUGUGCGUGCCUCACCUGUACACCUGCCUGGAGGACCGCAGCGGAGACGUGCGCAAAAAAGCUCAGGAUGCACUUCCCUCUUUCAUGAUGCACCUGGGCUAUGAGAAGAUGAUCAAGGCUGCUGGCAAACUGAAGCCGGCGUCAAAGGACCAGGUGGUUGGCAUGCUGGAGAAGGCCAGGGCCGUGAUGCCAGCCAAGCCUGCAGUUCCUGUCAAAGCUGCAGCUUCCAAACCCGCCUCCAGUGCCCCUGCUGCCAAACCAGCCUCAGCUCCAGCCAGGAACCAAAGUCCCAGUGAAGAUUUUAGUGAACCAGAACCCAAACCAGACACUAAGAAAGCUAAACCAGCAGGUCCUGCGGCUAAAAAGAGAGAGAGCAUGGAGCUCAAGGUGAAGGGAGAGAAAGAUAAUGCUAAACAAAACAGGCUCUCGAGAGGGACGCCUAACAGCGAGAUGGUGUAUUAG